GUGAUCAGCUAGACAAGCAAAAAGACUUCUGAUCCAGCCAGGGCACAGAGCAGCGCAGACAGCAGUGAGGCACGGAAACUCCUGCAUUCUGAAAUUCAAUCCCUAUCCCUACCCCUGGGAAAAGCCUCUCAGCUAAUGACAUCGUUCGCUUGGACGCAUGUAAUACUAGGUACUCCCUUGAAAGAUAAACUUAAAUCUCUGACUAAUCACUGCAGUCACACAGAACAGAAGACUAUUGUUAAGGUGAGAGUUGCAAACUUCUGGGGAGAAAAAAAGUUUUCCAAAUGGAGUUCUCUGAGGAAGAUGACUAUGAGGACAUCUUUAAUGAGAGUGACUUUUUCAACUACAGUUAUUCUGACUACCCCACCGUCUGUGAUAAAGAGGAGGUCCGCACCUUCGGUAAGGUCUUUCUACCCAUAAUCUAUGCCCUGGCUUUGAUAAUCGGUCUCGCAGGGAACUCCCUGGUUGUGGCCAUUUACAUCUACUACAAGAAACUGAAGACCAUGACCGAUGUGUACAUCUUCAACCUAGCCAUAGCUGACCUCCUUCUCCUAUUCACUCUUCCCUUCUGGGCUGCUGACGCGGUUCAUGGCUGGAAGCUGGGAGAAACUAUGUGCAAGAUAACCUCCAUGCUAUAUGUCAUGAACUUCAGCUGUGGCAUGUUCUUUCUAGCGUGUAUCAGUGUAGACCGUUACCUGGCCAUAAAAACGGGCAGAAUCAAGACGAAUCACUGCCUGUUCAUCUGCUUCUUGGUUUGGGCAACUUCAUUCAUCUUGGGGAUCCCUGAAUUAAUCUUCUCCACUGUUAAGAUGCCCCAGAGCAGGAAAAUCUGCAUAUCUGUUUAUCCCUCCAGCAUGGCCCGACCGGCCAAGGCCACACUCGAAAUCCUAGAGGUCCUGCUCAGCUUUGUUAUUCCUUUCUUAAUCAUGCUAUUCUGCUACUCAAAAGUGUCCCAGGCUCUGUGGAAGACUGCAAAUGUGAAGAAGUGGAAAGCCUUCAAGGUGCUGAUGGUCGUUGUGGGUGUGUUCAUCGUCACCCAGCUCCCUUUCAACAUCAUCAAGUUCUGUCGGGCAAUGGACAUCAUUUACAUACUCAUCACCCAGUGCGAGGACAGCAAGAGACUGGACAUGGCUACACAGAUCACAGAGAGCAUGGCCCUGUUACACAGCUGCGUGAACCCCAUUAUCUAUGCCUUUGUGGGGGCCUCCUUCAAGCAUCACAUCGCAAGGAUGUUCAAGAGUUUCAGCUAUCGCCAGAGACGAAGAAAAGAACCCGAAAACGAAAUCUCGCUGAAUUCCGAAACAGGUUCCCAGAUCACCAGCAGUUUUACAAUAUAGACUCGGCUUACUGAAAGGCAUUGCAUGAUACAAAAUACAGAUGAAAGCAUGAGUGGUAUAUACUGUAAUAUAACUGAUUACAGAUUUACGUUGCUUUAAAUAUAGACCCAUAUUUAUCACAUUUGAAGUUACAAGUUGUAUGUAUAAACUGUAUCACUUUUAUACUUCAUGCAUGUAUGCAAUGUCAAGUUGUUUAGCUACUGCAUAUCAAUUAAUAGCCUGCAUAUAAAUUAAAAUAAGGGACUCAGAAAACCUUCUUUAA